GCCGGCCGGAGCGUGUGCGCCGCCCGCGGUCCGGUCACGUCCCCGCGCGGGCGCCGCCGCCCGCGUCGUGCGGAACGAGGGCUCCUGGGCCCGCGCCCGCCGCCUCGCCCCUCCCGCCUGGAGCAGCUCGGCCGGAGCACCGCGCCGCGGCCCGGAGGUGGAGGGCGGAUGCCCAAGGCAGGGGGGCCGCAGGGAGCGCCCAUAGCACCGGCCCCGGCAGCCAGCCCUCCAGCCGCGCUCUGCAGCAUCACCACAGCAACCUGUGACCAGACGUCAACAGCCUAGGCAGGCGCCAGCGGACUACUUCCCACCCUCGGGGAGACAGGGAAUGACUGCGGUGAAUCAGGCCCCACGGUGGCCCGGGGAGGUGGAGUGUCACUAGAGGGAGGGCGUGGCCGCCUCCGCAGCACGAGAGCGCCAUGCCAGCUGGAGAAGAGGCACUGGGGCAGGGGCUGCACUGUGGCACGGCCUCGCCCCCCAACCCGCGCUGAGCACCUCAAGGGCAGCUGGGCUCUGUCUGUCGGGCACACCUGCCCGCGUCUCAGUGUCCCCGCUGCGUGGCGACAGGGAGAGGCUCCCCGUCCGUGCUCCGCCUCUGGGCCUGCCGCUGCCGGACCAUGGGAUGUCGGCAAAGCUCAGAGGAGAAAGAGGCGGCGCGGCGGUCCCGGAGAAUCGACCGCCACCUGCGCUCAGAGAGCCAGCGGCAGCGCCGUGAGAUCAAGCUGCUCCUGCUGGGCACCAGCAACUCGGGCAAGAGCACCAUUGUGAAGCAGAUGAAGAUCAUCCACAGCGGCGGCUUCAACCUGGAGGCCUGCAAGGAGUACAAGCCCCUCAUCAUCUACAACGCCAUCGACUCGCUGACCCGCAUCAUCCGUGCCCUGGCCGCCCUCAAGAUCGACUUCCACAACCCCGACCGCGCCUACGACGCCGUCCAGCUCUUCGCACUGACAGGCCCCGCCGAGAGCAAGGGCGAGAUCACGCCCGAGCUGCUGGGCGUCAUGCGGCGGCUAUGGGCCGACCCUGGGGCACAGGCCUGCUUUGGGCGCUCCAGCGAGUACCACCUGGAGGACAAUGCUGCCUACUACCUGAAUGACCUGGAGCGCAUCGCCGCGCCUGACUACAUCCCCACGGUCGAGGACAUCCUGCGCUCCCGAGACAUGACCACCGGCAUCGUGGAGAACAAGUUCACCUUCAAGGAGCUCACCUUCAAGAUGGUGGACGUGGGCGGGCAGAGGUCAGAGCGCAAAAAGUGGAUCCACUGCUUCGAGGGCGUCACGGCCAUCAUCUUCUGUGUGGAGCUUAGCGGCUAUGACCUGAAGCUCUAUGAAGACAACCAGACGAGCCGGAUGGCAGAGAGCCUGCGCCUCUUUGACUCCAUCUGCAACAACAACUGGUUCAUCAACACCUCCCUCAUCCUCUUCCUGAACAAGAAGGACCUGCUGGCGGAGAAGAUCCGGCGCAUCCCGCUCACCGUGUGCUUCCCGGAGUACAAGGGCCAGAACACCUACGAGGAGGCUGCCGUCUACAUCCAGCGGCAGUUCGAGGACCUGAACCGCAACAAGGAGACCAAGGAGAUCUACUCCCACUUCACCUGCGCCACUGACACGAGUAACAUCCAGUUUGUCUUUGAUGCGGUGACAGACGUCAUCAUACAGAACAAUCUCAAGUACAUAGGCCUCUGCUGAGGAGCCAGGCCAGCCUGUCUGCCUGUGGCGAAACCCCUGGGGUAUCACACCCCCACUCGUGCUAGGGAGACCUAGCCCAGGGGCAGAAAACGGGGGCCUGAAGAAUGCCCCCCCGCCCCUCCGCCUCCUUGGCCCCCACGUUUCCACAAACAUAAACAUAUAUGGAUAGAUUGCUAGGUAGGUAGAGACACACACACACACACACACACGUAGUCUGGAGACGGCAGAGUUCCCCAAAGCAUCGAGGUCUCUUGAAGACUUGAGAAGCUGUCACCAAGUUCACAAGCCCUUCCUGCCCCUUCACUUUGCCUUCCCAAGUUCGGCUCUGGUCUGCAUCUGGGUCCGCGUGGGACUAUGGGGAGAGGCAGCCGGGUCACCUGGAGGAGGCCAGCUCUGCCCCAGCUCCAGACUGGGGGCCUUGCUGCUGAUCAGGAGGGGGAACCAGAGCAGGGUCCAUGCGCCUGCCCUGCUGGCCACGCCCACCACUGGUCUGCUCUCUACCACGUUCUUUCUGGAACCAGGGUACGAGGCCAGACGACAGCACUAACCAGACCUCCAGCCACUCACAGCUCUUUUUAAACAGCUUCAAAAUAUGCAGCAAAAAUCCACACAAUAACAUGAGUGGCACGAUUUGUUUCAAACUAGGCCAGCUGGGUUCCAGCUUUUCUUCUACUAGUCUGAUGUUUUAUAAAUCAAAACCUGGUUUUUCUUCUCUGACAUCUUUUUUUUUUUGGCCAAAUCUCGUGGUGUUUCGCAGAAAAACAAAUACAGAAAAUUUCAGAUGCAGUCGAGUAUUCUUUUUUAAAUGCAGAUUUUCAAAACAUAUUUUUUUUUCAGGUGAUCCUUUUUGUGUCUGGCUUGCUGAGUGUAAAAGUUGUUAUCUGGACGAGUCUGCCCCUCUGCUCCCAAGCGAGGCUGGGGCGGCCGGCGCCUGCGGCAGCCGGAAAAGCAGCAUUGUACAUACGCCCAUGCAGCGUCCUCUUGUUACUGGUGCGGUUUCUGCUUUGUUUUUAUUUCAGAAAAUAAAUGUGAUGUACUUAAAGAAAGUUCUUCACCUCGGAGCAAAUGAACAAUAGCUAAAUGUCUUGGUAUUUAAAGAGUAAAUUAUCCGUGGCUUUGCAAGUGGAGGAAGGGGAGGCGAGAGACAGGGCCCCGGCCCCCACACGCCCGGCGCCUGAGACGGGCUGAGAGCGGCUCCAACUCCUGUGAAGGCUCAGCCAGUGUUGUAGCCUGAGGGAGGCCUGCUGGUACCCCCGCGAUUCGGCCCUUCCUGCCCCAGGGCCGGGGACGCCAUGAAAGGACCUUGGCCGAGGGCCGCGUGUAAAUAGGAACCCCGCCGCUGCCGAGAGGGAAGGCACCGCCAGAGCCCUUGCCAAACCUCCUUCUCUCUCAGCCUUUGUUCGGUACCCGGGUGUCCCAGGUCAGUGCGUGGAGUCACAGCCAAGGACUGGGAGAGACGUACAGAGGGAACGAAGAGCUGGUGAUGGUGUGAAGUCAAAGAUUGUCUACUUUAACAAAAUAAAAUACCCUGAAUGAGCUAA